AUGGCCAACAGGUCAGCAGCAGCCUAUCACAGGGCCGACAACCCGCCCAGCAUGACCUCGUCACAGCCAUCCGUGCAGACCGACUCAGGCAGCAGCUCUUCCUCACAAAAGUAUUAUACCAUGUCCCGUCAACAAGGUGGCUACUCACAAGCACCAGGAUACGGCAACGCGAGAACAACUCCAGCAGCACCUCUUCUCGCUGAUGAUGACGACGAAGAGGACUACCUCUACUCUGACAAAGGCCUUGACAAGCACUCGGGCUCAUGUAUCAGCACCCGAGGUCUUCUCAACGCCUUCACCCUUAUCCUGCUCACCAUGGGUCUUCUGGCACUCUUCUUGGGUUACCCAUUAGUAGUCGUCCUCAGCAAAGUGUUCGACACCAUCGACAUUAACCCUCAGAGUGCCCAGCGUCUCACAGCAUUAACACAGCGUGGUUUGAUCGAUCCCGACACUCCAGAGUCCGCUAUGCGCCGCACUUCACCCGUCGAUGGCACCGCCUGGCACCUUGUCUUCUCCGAUGAGUUCGAGAAGGAGGGUCGUUCCUUCUGGCCAGGAGAUGACCCCUACUGGGAAGCCGUCGAUCUCUGGUACUGGGGUACCGGCGAUUAUGAGUGGUACUCGCCCGAGGCUGUCAACACUACCGGUGGUGCUCUUGUCAUUGCAGUCGAGGAGCGUGAGACCAACAACAAGAACUUCCGCUCUGGUAUGGUUCAGAGUUGGAACAAGGUUUGCUUCCAAGGCGCCUACUACGAAAUCUCCGCCCGUCUUCCCGGCUCCCAUACUGCCCCAGGUUUGUGGCCCGGUAUGUGGACACAAGGUAACCUUGGUCGCCCAGGAUACGGUGCCACCAACGAAGGCAUGUGGCCUUACUCUUAUAAUGCCUGUGACACAGGUGCGCUGCCCAACCAGACUUGGGUCAACGGUACCGGUCCUCCCAAGGCCCUCGACGCACAGGGCCUCUUCUCUCAAGGCUACAACUACGAGCUCUCUUGGCUUCCCGGUAUGCGUUUCACCUCGUGCAACUGCCCCGGUACCGAGCACCCUGGUCCUAACCGUAAUGUCGCCCGUUCCGCGCCCGAGUUGGAUAUUCUCGAAGCCAAGAUCAACGUUGCCGGCGGACAUGGUGAAACUUCGCAAUCUCUGCAAAUGGCACCAUUCGACGUCGACUACUACUACGGAAACAGCUCGGCAGAUGGUGACGUCCGCAUUUGGGAUGCCAACACACAGCUUAACGACUACAAGGGUGGUGCUAUCCAGGAAGCCGUUUCUGCUCUCAGUCAAGUUCCCGACAUCGCGUACGAACACACCGUCGGCGGACGAUACGUCACCUUCGGUGUCGAGUAUGCUCCCGACUGGAACGAGAACGGCGAUGCUUAUGUCACUUGGUACAUGGACGGUCAACCCACCUGGACGCUGUACGGACAAGCGAUUGGACCAGUUCCCGAGCUUGACGUCAGCCAGCGUCUCGUUCCUACCGAGCCAAUGUUCCUCAUUUUGAACGUUGCCAUCUCGGAAUCUUUCCAGGUUCCUGAUUGGACUCUUCUCGAAUUCCCAGCACACAUGUACGUCGACUACGUUCGAGUAUACCAGCGCGACGAUCAGCCAGACCGCGUUGGUUGCGAUCCUCCCAACCGACCUACCUACGAGUACAUCGAAAACAACAAGGAAUUUUACUACAACCGCAACAUUACUGAGUUUCCCAAGUCAAAGAUCCCAAGGAACCGUCUCCAGGGCUGCUAA